AUGUUUAACACACCCUUUGUUAUAUCCUUUGCACUUUUGUUAUCAUUCCCUCUCCUUUUUCUAUUCGCGCCACAAAUCUUUCCACCUAAACACGUCGAGAUCUCGAUUCCUGAUGAACUUGAUGAUCUUGCCUUGUUUCGUCGUGCAACCCUAGCUUCAAUUGACGGAAGCGGUGGUGCCAUCUCACGACUUGGCACCACCCAUCCCCGUAUGAAGAUCGCGUUUCUCUUCCUCACCAACACCGAUCUUCAUUUUGCCCCUCUCUGGGACCGUUUUUUCGCCAAUCAUGAUGAUCUUUUCAACAUUUACAUCCAUGCAGAUCCCUCAGCCAAGAUUUCUCCACCUAGCGGACGCAUCUUCAAAGGCCGCUUCAUCGCAUCCAAGCGAACCCGACGUGCCUCCCCGACCUUAAUAUCUGCAGCUCGACGUCUUAUGGCGACUGCCCUCUUAGACGACCCAUUAAAUUCCUAUUUUUCCCUCGUAUCACAACAUUGCAUCCCUUUACAUUCAUUCAACUUUAUUUACAAUUCUCUCUUUCGAUCUCAAUUUCCUGAAUAUCGUAGCUUCAUUCAAAUACUAUCCAAUGAGUCGUACAUGUGGGAUCGUUACGUUGCACGAGGCCAGAGUGCAAUGCUACCCGAGGUACCGUUCGAUCGGUUCCGGUUCGGGUCACAAUUCUUUGUCCUCACAAGAAGACAUGCAUUAGUGGUGAUUAGGGAUAGGAGAUUAUGGAGGAAAUUUAGAAUGACUUGUUUGAAUGAGGAUUCAUGUUACCCAGAGGAACAUUAUUUUCCUACACUUUUGUCUAUGGAGGAUCCUAAAGGCUGCACACAAUAUACUUUGACACGUGUCAAUUGGACAGAGAGUGUCGAUGGACACCCACGUACUUAUUUUCCGGCAGAGAUUUCGUCGGACCUUAUUUAUAAGCUCCGGGAAUCAAAUUCUACAUAUUCUCACAUGUUUGCAAGAAAAUUCUCACCGGAUUGUCUGAAACCUUUGAUGGAUAUCGCGGACAAGGUCAUUUUCAGGGAUUAA